CUCUAUUGUUACAUCGUAACAAACCGGGGCAGAGCGGAGGCCCAGCCGGGUCUGUGGCCGACAAAAACUACACACAUUUGCUGUUUAAAACGGCCUAACAGCCUAAAUAUAUUAGCGUUUCGUUUCGUUUUUGAAGACGACUGACAACACCCUUUAAAGAAAAAAGGACUCGAACGCUGCCCUCGGUUCGCUCUUUUUAUGGAUAUAGUCAAGACAAAUUGGCCGCUAAAGUCUGCUUUAUCAUCUUGUUGGUUGUAUGUUCUAGGGUAAAUGUCAUAGGUUUCUCAGUUAAAUGAAGGAGGUCGUUGGUAGUCUUUCUGUAUCAAUGUGUUUAAUCUUAGAAGCAAUUGCGUGAAAUAUUGAAUCGGUAGCUUCACGUACUUGGUGCACAAAUAAGUGUCUGAAAUCGGACUUAAAUAGCCCAUAAGCCUGCGUCAUAACCUAUUUAUUAUAUCAUAAGAUGCCUAAAUGUUUUGGGCAAGGAAAGUAAUAAUAAGCACGGCGAACCGGCGUUUCCUCAUUGAUGAAACCAUUUUCUAUGGACUAAAGUCGUCUUUGUCUCUCAUCUGAUAAUCUUGUGGUCCCCAAUAAAAUAAGGCUAAUAUUCCAAAAAGUAAGGGAUAUCGCAAACAAACAGCAAGGAUCGGACGACGGCUUCGCUGGCUAAAGGGUCUCUGUUUCCAUCCAAGAACAUCGUGUUUCCAUGGAGACAGUGUCAGCUCUCAGCCUGAAACGCAGAUUCGAGGAAGUGGACAGCGGCUCGCCGUGCUCCACGGCCAAAGACUCCGAUGAUGACAUCUCCAGCAGUGACAGUGCAGAUAGCUGUGACAGUCUCAAUGCCCCCUCCAGCUCCCUCACACCCACCUCCAUUCUUAGACGACAUAAAACCUCUUUAGGUCGAAAGCAGGUCCGCUUUGACGCAGUGACGGUCUACUACUUCUCCAGAAGGCAAGGAUUCACCAGCGUGCCAAGCCAGGGUGGCAGCUCUCUGGGCAUGGCACGGCAUCACUGUGCCAUACGCCACUACACCCUAGGGGAGUUUGCCCGAGAGCAGGAGAGCAGCCAUCGGCACAUUCUUCGCCAGCACUUGCGCCAGGAGAAGCUGAAUGCUCGCAAGCUGAAGCUGACACGGAACGGGACAGUGGAGUGUGCCCAGGCUGACCUGCUGACCCUAGAUGAUGUGUCUGAUGAUGACCUGGAUGUGGAAGGUGUGGAAGUGGAUGACUGCUUUUUCCUGCAGCCUCUUCCUACCAAGCGACGGCGGGCACUGUUGCGAGCAUCGGGCAUUGCCCGCAUUGAUGCGCGUGAGAAGACGGAGCUACGGGCCAUCCGGCUGUCGCGUGAGGAAUGCGGCUGUGACUGCCGCUUCUACUGUGACCCACACCAGUGUGGCUGCAGCCAGGCAGGAAUCAAGUGCCAGGUGGACAGGAUGUCUUUCCCAUGUGGCUGCUCCCGUGAUGGCUGCCGCAACACGGCUGGCCGGAUAGAAUUCAACCCUUUGCGCGUGCGCACCCAUUACUUGCACACCAUCAUGAAGCUGGACAUGGAGAAGAGACGGGUGCUGGGCUCCAGGCCCGCUGAGGAAGACUCUGGUGGUGAGGGGGUGGAGCUGGCCUCCUCCUCCUCCUCCCCACCUCUCUCCCUCUCUCCCCUGGACUCAGAGGUGGAGGUGGAGACCCUUGAAGCGCAGAAUGAGCAGGAACUUCUAGAGGAACAGUGCAACAGCUUGGAGCGAGAGAACGAGACAGCUGUGCUGCACCUCCAGAGCGCCGAGGAGCAGGAGAGGAGGAGGGAGAGAGAGGAGGUGCAGGACCCUGACCAGGGGCUUUGUCUUCUGCAUGGGGAGCUAAGCAGCCAGGGUGGGGUCGAGGAAAUGGAGAGUGUGGGGGCAAUGGAUGGUGUAGAAGGAAUGCUUCUACAAGGUGCUUUCCCUGGAGGAACCACCUUGCUUUGCAUCACAGAAAACCAAGAAGAAGCUCCAGCUCAGCAGAACCUGCUGAAUGAGUCAGGCUCUCUGCUCUACUAUCAGCUCAGCCCUGUGGAGACAGCUGCCUUUGAGACACUCCAAGGGCAAGAGGAAGAGCCUGGAGAAGGAGAUGAAGCCGAGAAAGAACUUCACGAACCCCAAACCUGCAGGCAGGAUCAGGCGGAAAGCUCUAGCACGUCUCCUUCCCCAUGUCCAGACAUUAGAAGUGAUGAAGAUGUCCAGUCUGGCUCUAAAAAGGGUACUACAGAGAACCAGGAGGAGACUCAUCUUCUAGCAGAGGCAGAGACAAUCCAGCUUCCUCCAGAAGUUUAGAGCCUAGCAACACUGCAGAUGUUUUGCACAAGCUUUGCAUUAAAGUUCAAGAGGGCCUACUCCGCACAGGGUAGAUCCGUUAAACAGGAUGAGUGAUGUUAACCAUUAGAUUUUAAAAAGGAACAGUUACUGAUUGGUUCAUAUCUGUUUCAAAUGGCGAUAAGCAUGUACUAUAUUUGAAGUAGGUCUUUUGCGGUUAAAAUAAGUUAUUGAAAAGAAAAAAUAGUAGAAUAAUAAUUUAUUUUAAAAAAACUUAAAAAGAAAAGACAGACAGAGGGGAGGAGAAAGCUGAGCAGACUCACAGGUCAGUAUUUGAUACUGGUGGAAAAUGUGGCCUUUAUGUUGAGGAGCAAGCAUUUUCAGGAUGGCCCAGUGGCUCUGCAGAUGCCUUCAGUUUCUAUUGCAGUAGCCCCCUGAUUUUUUUUUCCAUUAGCGGAGUUAUCAGCAGAAUGUCUGCAGAUCAGCAUCCAAGCUGUUAACUAACUGAAGAUGUUAGUUGGAUAUCAGAUGUAAGCUGAAAAUUAGCAGUGAAACUGAACAAGGGCAUCUGAUAGCAACCCUCCCCUAGAAUAGAUAUAAAAAAUCCUGGUAAUACUUGGGUUUCAUGUACUGUACAAGUGUUUGCUAAGAGCAAGCAAAAGGUUGAGAGAGGUUGUUUUUGCUUGUUUUAUGCACGUUGAAAACUUGAUUAGGUUUUUUCAAAGGCAAACUGAUGAGGAGCUUGAAUGAAUGUGCAAUUAGUUUGCACAGGGGUCUUGCUUGUCAAAUAAUCUGAGGAAAAGAGCUUUUGAUGUCACUCAUCACAGAUCUCAGAGCUAGUGUACAGUUUUGAGCAACAGUUUUCUUUAUUGUGACAGAUCCCAAUAAUUCUAUACAGUCCUCAAACUUCACAACUGUUUAUAAAUGUCGGUUUUGCGCAUUGUUUGUGAAUUUAUUCACUGGGUCCAGAGAAUAAUGUCAAUUAAAAUGAUGUAUUGAAAAAGCUUAAAGUGAGUAAUUUUAGACACUCUCUAAGUGAAAGAUUUAGUUUGAACAGUGUUAAGAAGUCAGAGGAAUCCAUAAGUUUGUAAUGGUAAUGAAAUUACUGCGCAAAUGCAAAAUCGACUUUUGUUGCUACAAAUAUAUAUAUAUAUAUUUUGGACUCAGCAUUUUCACAAAAAAAGUGCUCAGCUAGUACUUUUCCUUUUGGCAUCACUUCUCCUGUGUCUAAGAUCUGUAAUGGGUGAUGUCAAGCCGUAGUGAUUUGGCAUGGAAUAACCCAGUACAGUUUAUUUUUGUUUGUGUUGCUCAAGUCUUUUCUGAAAGCAAAUUUGCCCUAUUUACUCUUUACCAUACUGUACUCAUGUACCGCAGAGUGAACAUUUCUUUAUUAACUACAUCUGAGCGGUGAGGGCAAAGAGAAAGUAUGAUUGCAAAUAGUCAUUUAAAACCAUGAAGUCAAUUUUUAGCGAAUGAGAUUCCACACAUUUUAUUUGCACAUCAGACCUUUGUAGAUUAAUGAACAUUUUUUUUGUAUGUUACAUCCAUUAGCUCUAUAUGAUCACUACCAUUAACCCCAGUGAGCACAGUGCCGGGACAAUGUGGAACCACGGCUAUGAUUUGCGCAUGUACACUGUCAGUUUAGAAACCAUCUCUGUAGCACUGGACCACUGUCCUAAUAGGGGCAGUUGUUUAAGAGAAUUCUUAGAUAACAUUUGCCUCAAUUCAUUAAGUUGAAUUUGUUGCAGUGCACUUUGUUGCUAGACAUGUCACCAAGUGCUCAUAACUGUAUAUUGACAAAUCUUCACAGUGCUCUGGGCAGAGAGUGAAAUUCCAUUUAAGACAUGCAGCACUCAUGUCUUUUAUGUCUUUCAUAUUUUCUUCAUUUUAUUAUGCAUUAGGCCCAAUUGUUGGAACUUGCAUUUCUUGAUUUUGAUAUUACAGCAGCUCUCAAAGGCUUUGAUGUUUUUUUUUUUGUUUGUUUUUUUUUGCAUUGAUUAAGGACAAGAAAAAUACUUUGGUCAAAUUAAAUAAGAAGUGUUUUGAAGUAGUGUGAAAAGUAAUGUGAUGUUAAAAUAUAUGUACACAAAAUAACAAGAAAAUCAUCAUUUUGUUCUGUGUGUAUGUGUGCACACUAUACAGAGAAGGAGAGUGUGUGUUAGGGAGAGAGAAAAUGAGAGUGGGUGUGAGAUGUUUUGCAUUUAUUCAUACGAGUGUGGUGAAGCUUCUGUUUGUUUGAUGAGUUGUCAAACUUCAAAAAGGUGCUGUUGUUUUAGGUUUACAUAUUCAUAGUAAUGGAAUCAUUUUCUUGGUCACAAAAACACAAAUAGAAAAGUACAGCUCUUCAUGCUAUGCUGCUUUUCAGUUGCUGCAAACUUUAUUGCCCGCACAAGGACCGCUCUUACAAAUAACUGUGUAGCUACUCUGCUUCAUUUAUCCAAAUGGCAAUGUCAGUACAUGGAUAAUAGUGAAACUUUGUUUACUGUUUAAAGAAACUUGACUGGAAAACUUGACCUUUGGCAUCAUCCAGAACUGUUGCUCAAUUGCUCAAUCUCUGCAGUUUUCCACCACUCUGACAAGCCAAGCAUUACGUUUUAGGCAAGAGUUGCAAUAAGUACUGUUUUUGCAAAUGACUAAUCAAAGGAGAAGGUAUCCUUUGCUUUAUAUGGUCACUGUUUAUGUGAAAUAGAGGACUUAGUGUUUUUUUUUGUCUGUUUUUUUUGGUCAUUUUUGUUACUCUGUAUCCUGUCUUCGUAUACCUGACUGGUUAAUGUGCCGAAUCCUUGUGUGCACUCCUUUUAGUCUAGUUUAAGUGUUGCAGACGUCUAUACCACCACAUUCCUCUUGUAGCGUGUAUCUGUAGCAGGUAUAUAAGCCUGGAAACAGAUGAAUCAUUCAAAAAGGCGGACUAAGGGCAUGCUACAGGCUAAAACGCUGUGCACUGAGGGUCAGUCUGUUGUAUGCAUGUAUAUGUAUGUGUGUUUUUCUCUUUUGGCCUCUAUUUGUUGUGUUAACAUAAAAAAUAGAAAAAGAUUUGCACCACCAAACCAGUGGUCUCAAUCUUGGCCAAAGGCAGGUGAGAAAAGCUGCUGUGUUUAGCAUGGCUGGAGUGUAAAAAACGGGCUUUCACUUUCUUUUUUGUUCGUUUUGUUCCUGCUUGCCCUUUUCUUGGUAUGCUGCGGUUUGAGACCACUGCACUAAAUGAAGUCAAACCCAUUUUGAUUUGCCUUGUGAAUGAGUGUGUGUGGGUGUGUGUGUGGGUGUGUGUGGGUGUGGGUGUGGGUGUGGGUGAGUGUGUGUGUGCUAGAGGUGCUUAAUAAAGAAAGACUGACUGAGGUUGGAGUUCACAGCUGCGAGAGUGACUCUUAUGCUGUUGCCUAAAGAGGAGACAAAACAUACAAAUUUUAUAUGAAAAUGUAAGUGAAGAAUAAAGAUAAAAUAAAAUCAAAA